AUGUCAGAUUUUGAAUACGAUAAUAACAAUACUGGAGCAUUCGGCAAUAUAUCCCAAGGUGGUUUCAAUACUGAACAUGCUGGAUCGUCUCAGCGUCAAACAACAACCCAAGUUAGACAAAGUUUGACACCUGUAACCAUCAAACAAAUUAAUGAUGCAACACAACCAGUGCCAGAUGGCGAGUUCAAAGUAAAUAAUGUCGAAUUAAAUAUGAUUUCAUUUGUUGGUGUUGUACGCAAUGUUGAAAAUACGAAUGCAUCUAUUGCAGUAACUAUUGAAGAUGGCACUGGGUCUAUUGAUGUUCGUAAAUGGGUGGAUGAGACUAUCAGCUCGGCCGAAGAGGACUUUGAAAAGUAUAAUGAGAUGAAAGGUAAGUAUGUUUAUGUUGGUGGGUCAUUGAAACAGUUCAACAAUCGUAAAACUGUCCAGAAUGCUUCUAUUUCUUUAAUAACUGACAGCAAUCAAAUUGUAUAUCACCAUUUGAGUGCAAUUGAACAUCAUUUGAAAGCUCAAGGCAUUACAGCAGCUGAUGCUGCUAGUGCUGGUGCUGGACAAGCAACAAAUUCCACUGCCAGUGCUGGUAGUGGAUUGUUUAUGGAUAAUCCAACUAGUCUCUCGAAAGAUACAGGAUCACUUACGGAUCAAGUGAUAGCCGUAUUGAAAGAAGCCAGCAGAACCAUGCCAGAUGGUGUCCCAGUUGACUACGUUGCUGAAAAAUUGAGUAUUACUAAAGAGGAAAGUCAGUUCCAACUUUUAAAAUUGAAUGAUGAAGGUAAAGCUUAUGCUGGUUAUGAUGACAACAGUUAUCUUGUGAUUUGA